GGCAGGUUUUUUGGUCGCAAGUAGGAAGCUUCUUGCACUACACCGGAGAGGGGGAGCCGCGGAGCCAGCGCGCCGCCGUGCACCGCCGCCGCGCCCGCCCCAGCCCGGCCCGGCCCCGCGGCGGCGCGAUGAGCCCGAGCCCGAGCCGGCCCGCCGGGGAGUGAGCGCGGCGCGGAGGGCGCGUUGCGCAGCUGCUCCUGCGCACAACCCGGCCGGCGGCCCGCACCGGCAGGAGUGAGCGGCCGGUCCGCGCUGCGCCCGGCGCCGGAGCCGAGCGGAGCAGGAAGCGCAGGCCACGCAGGGACCCAACUGAAACAAAGUGUCGGCCGCCGGCGGCGCGGCGCCUCGCCCGCCCUGCCCCCGCGCCCCCCGCCCCGCCGCCCACCAUGGCCUCCGAGGAGCUGUACGAGGUUGAAAGGAUCGUGGACAAGAGGAAGAACAAGAAAGGGAAGACGGAGUACCUGGUCCGGUGGAAAGGCUACGACAGCGAGGACGACACGUGGGAGCCGGAGCAGCACCUGGUGAACUGCGAGGAGUACAUCCACGACUUCAACAGGCGCCACCCCGAGAAGCAGAAGGAGGGCGCGCUCGCCAGGCCCAGCCGGGGCUCCCCCAACAAUGCCCGCAAGCAGAUCUCCAGGUCCACCCACAGCAGCUUUGCCAAGGCCUCGCCCAAGUCCCUGGUGAUCGGCAAAGACCCCGAGGCCAAAGCCAGCUCGCUCUUCACCGCCAGCCAGAAGUUCAGGAAGAACCCAGCCCCGAGCCUCUCGCAGCGGAAGAACAUGGACCUGGCCAAGUCCGGCAUCAAGAUCCUCGUGCCCAAGAGUCCCAUCAGGAGCAGGACCGCGGUGGACGGCUUUCCGAGCGAGAGCCCCGAGAAACUGGACCCCGUCGAGCAGGGCCAGGAGGACACGGUGGCGCCGGAGGUGGCGGCCGAGAAGCCCGUGGGAGCUUUGCUGGGCCCCGGCGCCGAGCGGGCCCGCAUGGGGAGCCGGCCCCGGAUACACCCGCUCGUGCCGCCGGCGGCCGGUCCCGUGACCGCGGCCAUGGCCACGGGGCUCGCCGUGAACGGGAAAGGUACCUCUCCGUUCAUGGACGUGCUGACGGCCAAUGGGCCAACCAGCCUACAGCCGUCGGUCACAGGCGUGACAGCCGGGAAGAGGAAGUUCAUUGACGACAGACGAGACCAGCCUUUCGACAAGCGGCUGCGCUUCAGCGUGAGGCAGACGGAGAGCGCCUACAGGUACCGAGACAUCGUCGUCCGGAAGCAGGACGGCUUCACCCACAUCCUGCUGUCCACCAAGUCGUCGGAGAACAACUCACUCAACCCGGAGGUGAUGAAGGAGGUGCAGAGUGCCCUGAGCACGGCGGCGGCCGACGACAGCAAGCUGGUGCUGCUCAGCGCUGUGGGCAGCGUCUUCUGCUGCGGCCUUGACUUCAUCUACUUCAUCCGGCGGCUGACCGACGACAGGAAGAGAGAGAGCACGAAGAUGGCCGAGGCCAUCAGAAACUUCGUGAACACUUUCAUUCAGUUCAAGAAGCCCAUUAUUGUAGCUGUAAACGGCCCGGCCAUUGGACUCGGAGCGUCCAUACUGCCUCUGUGCGACGUGGUCUGGGCCAACGAAAAGGCCUGGUUUCAAACACCCUACACAACCUUCGGACAGAGUCCAGACGGCUGUUCCACCGUCAUGUUCCCCAAGAUCAUGGGGGGCGCGUCUGCCAAUGAGAUGCUGCUCAGCGGGCGGAAGCUGACGGCGCAGGAGGCCUGCGGCAAAGGCCUGGUCUCGCAGGUGUUCUGGCCCGGGACCUUCACGCAGGAGGUCAUGGUCCGCAUCAAGGAGCUCGCGUCCUGCAACCCGGUGGUGCUGGAGGAGUCCAAGGCGCUGGUGCGCUGCAGCAUGAAGCCCGAGCUGGAGCAGGCCAACGAGCGGGAGUGCGAGGUGCUGCGGAAGAUCUGGGGCUCGGCCCAGGGCAUGGACUCCAUGCUCAAGUACCUGCAGCGGAAGAUCGACGAGUUCUGAGCCGGCCGCCGGCGCCGCGGGGCUCGCACGGGACGGCGGGGCUCCAGGGGGCCCGCGCCCCCUCCGGGCUGAACCAGGCUCGCUCUGUAGCUCGCGCUUGGAGGCAGGACUUGAGACAGCCCAGCUGUUGAUGACCAAGGAGUUUUAAGUACUGUAACUUGACAAUAAAUAACUACAACGCUCCUUCGGCCAAACGUCCUUAUUUUGUACUUAGCAAGGAUCCCAAGUAUCAAAGUGUCAGGGGGGCUCCGGGCGGCUCCUGGAGGCGCUGACGUUUGUUUUCUUUGGCUAGUACUGUAUAUGAGGGAAGCGUGUCCUCCUGGUUUGGGUGGCAGAAAAGUCUGGAAUAAUGUUUGUUUUCCUUACUUUUUCCUUCUAGAAACAGCAUCUAAAGAGGUGUUAGCCAGCCUCGCCUCCCCUGCCCCAGACCAAAACCCAGAAAGAGCUGAGGCGUGCCCUUGUCUCCAAGAAGGUACAGAAGCCUCAGAGCUGGAAAACCCUAAAUCCAAAGGCAGGCUUCUCUUGGAGAAGUGUUUCUGAGGAGACGCCCACUGCUGAACAUAACCCCAGACGAACUAAAACACACUUAGGAUUCAUGCUGAGACAUCAAUUGACGGACGCUUCCUUUGUUAAAGUCUGCCCGCUUCUUACCCAGUCACCACGAAGAAACCACUCCCCAGGGAAAGCUUGUUCGGCAGUAUUAGUGAAUCACUGGAUAGCCUGAGUAUGAUGUCGUAAUUUGUAAGUUAAUCCUAGUGGGUUUCUAAUUCGUUUUUCUGACCCUUUUGUAAAAUACUACAUAAGUGCUUCUUGUGGCUGGGUGAGAAACUCUACUUUAUAUGCAGUUUUGGUUUUCUAUUUGCAGAUACGAUUGAUGUACUACACCAAAAAAAAAAAAAAAAGUAUUUUUAUGUUUAUAAAAUGUAAUUUUUAGGUUCACUUAGAAUAUAUUUUAUUUAAUAAGUUAAAAUUCUCUCGGCACACUAUUAAAUGCAGAAACUCCUCUUUCAGAGAAAGAACUACCUUCUAUUCGACGUUUAAGGUUCUUGGUCUCUACUUUCACGUCCACACAACACACCAAGUCCAGGCUACUGUCCAGCAGUGCCCCGUGUCCAUCACGUCCCCAUUCCUGCCGGGAGUGGGGGCUGAUUCCUGAUUCCAGACGCCUGGCGUGGGCUAGGCUUCUGAGCUUGCAAUCAUAUUGAAUGUAUGAAGAGUGAAAUAAAAUCAAAACCUUAUUUUUGUACAGUUUUGAAGUUUAUACUUAGAACCGACCACCUCCCGGCCUCGUGGAGAGCUGUACAGUGUGUAAAUCUGCCUUUACCUUGGACUGGUUGGUGCAGUAUUUUUGCAUCUGUGGGACCUACUUUUUCGUUCCGUAGUUUGAACUAUAUAUAAACUGUACAAUCUGUAAAGUUUUUAUAGAAUAAAUAUUCAGCUGUGAAAACUGGUUAAAUAAAACUAAUAUUUCUUAACACA